GUGCUCCACGUAGCAAACUCUACUUCCUGUUGCAGAUGAGAGCUGAUUAUUAAUGGUGAGGUGUCUUUGGAGCAGGAAUCUAGGCAAGGCUUUGUGCGUCACUUAUCAACAGGUGAGGGAGUUGCGGGUUGAGGCCAGCAGUGUGGUGGCCCACCUGCUGCCACGUGGGUCCUGGUGGACUGUGGCCAUAGCAGGUGAAUUCACUUGUUUACUGAGAGGUGUGGCGUGUUUAUUCACACUCUCCUCCUCCUUGUUCUCUCCACUUGUCCUGUGGGAGUGGUACUGGUUUCUGAGCAGGGUUGGCUACAUUACCUGCUACUAUGACACACACACAGAGGCAGGCACACACUGGUUUAAGAUGUUUCUUGUGCUCUUGUUUUUUCGCUGCACGUUUAGUGAGUCAAAGCAGCCUUGAGAGUCACACCCACUGUGAAACAUGCGUCUGUUUCUAAGACGGCGUAUAUCUGCCCUGAAACUGGUGCUCCUUGGGGGGACUCUCUUCAUGGUGGUUCUAGUGGUUCUCCAGAGGGAUGUCGGCUCUUCGCCUGCUGGUGACCCCUGGUUUCAGGAGCUGGUGGACAAGAAGGAUAAGAUGAUCAUCAUGGUACAAGAGGCUGUUAACAACAUUGGCUUCCAGAUCGGAGCUCCGCAGAAACCACCAACGGUACUAGUGCAGCCCACCGAGGAUGCCAAAUGCCCUGCUGGAUUCUACACUCAGGCUGAGCUCAAACCUCACCUAGAGAGACCGCCUCAGGACCCCUUAAGCCCCGGGGCUGAUGGGAAGGCGUUUCAGAAAGACCACAUGUCCCCAGAAGAGGGUCAGGAGAAGGAGGAGGGUAUGAAACGGCACUGUUUCAACCAGUUUGCCAGUGACCACAUCUCACUCAGCCGUAGUCUUGGCGACGACACAAGGCCUCCAGAGUGCGUGGAGAGAAAGUUUCGUCGCUGUCCUCCUCUGCCAACCACCAGUGUUAUUAUUGUCUUCCACAAUGAGGCUUGGUCCACCCUCCUCAGGACGGUCUACAGCGUUCUGCACACAGCGCCUGCUCUCCUGCUCAAAGAGAUCAUCUUGGUAGAUGAUGCCAGUGUUGCAGAGCACCUGAAGAGCCGUCUGGAGGAACAUGUGCGUCAACUGAAGAUUGUGCGCGUAGUGAGGCAGCUAGAGAGGAAGGGCCUCAUCACUGCCAGGCUGCUGGGUGCCAGUAUCGCUCAGGGCGAAGUGCUAACCUUUCUCGACGCACACUGUGAGUGUUUCCAUGGUUGGCUAGAGCCCCUGUUGGCCCGCAUUGUUGAGGAACCCACUGCUGUGGUUAGUCCAGAUAUCAGCACCAUUGACCUCAACACCUUUCAGUUCAACAAGCCUGUGGCCUCCAACCGCGCUUUUAACCGAGGGAACUUUGACUGGAGCCUGACAUUCGGCUGGGAGGCAAUCCCUGAGGAUGCGAAGAAGCUGCGCAUUGAUGAAACCUACCCUGUAAAAACACCUACUUUUGCUGGAGGUCUCUUUUCAAUCUCGAAGAAGUACUUUGAACACAUUGGAACGUACGAUGACAAGAUGGAGAUCUGGGGUGGUGAAAACGUGGAGAUGUCGUUCAGGGUGUGGCAGUGUGGGGGCCAGCUCGAGAUCCUCCCUUGUUCCGUGGUGGGCCAUGUCUUCCGUACCAAGAGCCCCCACACCUUCCCCAAGGGCACAGAGGUCAUCACUCGCAACCAGGUGCGCCUGGCUGAGGUCUGGAUGGAUGACUACAAGACCAUCUUCUAUCGCCGCAACAAGAAUGCUGCAGUUAUGGCCAGCGAGAAUAAGUUUGGGGACAUUUCUGAUCGUCUGAAUCUUAGAGAGAGGCUUCAGUGCAAGAACUUCUCCUGGUACUUAAACACAGUCUACCCAGAGGCCUUUGUCCCUGAUUUAACCCCACUAAAAUAUGGAACAAUUAGAAACUCAGGAUCUAAAACCUGUCUAGAUGUUGGAGAGAGUAACAUUGGAGAUAAACCUGUGAUCAUGUACCCGUGUCACAACAUGGGAGGAAACCAGUACUUUGAAUACUCAUCUCAUAAGGAGCUGCGUCACAAUAUUGGAAAGCAGCUGUGUCUUCAUGCCACACCCCAGCCGGAUCCAGUGAAGAUCGAGCUAUGCCAGCUGAAGGGCAAGGGCACCAGUGUGGCACCACAACAGGAGUGGGUCUUUUCAGAGGAAAAUCUUUUGAAGAAUCCUAGUAGUGGGAAAUGUUUACAGCUGAAAGGAGACAAGCUUCAGAUGGACCAAUGUAAUGCUGCUGACCUCUACCAGCACUGGACCUUCAGCUGACCUCCCAGUGUGCCCAUCAGGUGACCUUUGGCACAUUGUGUCCCGUUCCUCAGACUGAGCUGACAGAGCCAGCUCAACAUUGAUCCAGAAGGGCUCCCCGCUAUGAAAUUUGUGGCUCAUGGACAGUUAAAGAUAGAGGACAAAGAAGAGAAAGUUGCAUCUGUUGAAGACACUCGGAUAGGCCUUAACUUGUUUUAAAUUUAUUUAUGAUGGAAACUCAAAGAUAUUUAAAGGUGGCUGGGAACUGACUGUGGGGCAAUGGCUGGGAACUGCAAUGAACUUAUUUUAGUAAAUUUACACUCUAGCUUGAAAAAAAUCACAAUUUAGUGACUUUAUUUUGUACGAUGAUGAAUGAUAAAUGUGACAAUAUGCACAAGUUAACUAAAGAGCAAGAUUUGUCUGUUUUUUUAAAAAUAAAACGUCUUUGUUGUGUUAAGUGAUCGUUUUUGUUUGCAAGUAUCUAGAAAACAUUUCAGGUUCCAUAGCGAAAUGUUUUUCACUAUGAAACUUUCAUCUGUCCUAAUUAAUAAUAUGUAUGUGUCAAGUACUAAUGUUAUAAGUAUUAGAAUUUUCUUUUAUUUACUAUUUUAGCCAAGUAAUAGUCUGUAUUGAUUUAUUGGGUGAUUUCCUGAAAGAAUGAUUCAUUUAGAAGUCACUGAUGCUACAGAUAUUAAAUAAUCUGGAUUUACAGUAAGAUUUUCUGCCAUGA